GCAAGCAACGACCUGGCUGAAGGACCGUCUUUCAUUUUUGUUAAAUACACUGAGGUUAGGCUGCAUGGCUGCAUAUUUAGGUGCUUUAACUAGAGAAAAAAAUCUCCUGAACCAUUUUAAGAUCGUUAUUUGGCAAGUGGGUUUUCACUUUCCAUCAAUCUCUGGUCUAUAUAUUGAUAGCUAAGACCUGUAAAUAUUUUAAUUGACUUGUUUAGAAAUACUACCCUUCGACGUGUCAGGGCAAUAAUGGCAACAGUAUUGGAAGACGGGACCAAGGCCGUCUGUUUGGGAGCUGCAGUGUCUGGUGAAAUUGGUGCUGAGUCAGAUCGUGCUCCUCCAGUAAAGAUGCAUGUAGACAGCAUGACAUCAAGUAGUAAAAUACGCUUGCCUGGACUGAUCGAUGUCCACGUGCACUUACGGGAGCCUGGUGGCACCCAUAAAGAAGACUUCUCCUCUGGCACAGCUGCUGCCCUGGCUGGAGGAAUCACCAUGGUGUGUGCCAUGCCCAAUACCAACCCUGCCAUUACUGACCCAAACACUCUUGCUUUGGCACAGAAGCUUGCCAAGGCUGGGUGCCGCUGUGAUUAUGCUCUCUACGUGGGGGCGUCAUCAUACAACGCUUCAAUUCUUCCCUCUAUCGCAAGCUCAACAGCUGGCCUGAAGAUGUACUUAAAUGACACGUACUCCACUUUGAAAAUAGACAACACUAGUCUUUGGAUGGAGCACUUUGAGAAGUGGCCAAAACACUUGCCCAUUGUUGCACAUGCUGAGAAACAGACGGUGGCAGCCAUCUUAAUGGUAGCACAGCUGUAUCAUAGACCUGUUCAUAUCUGCCAUGUUGCCAGAAAAGAAGAGAUUUUGGUCAUCCGAGCUGCCAAAGAAAAGGGGGUCCAGGUGACAUGUGAAGUGGCUCCUCAUCAUCUCUUCCUGUGUGAAGAUAACGUGGCUUCCAUUGGAAGUGGCAGAGCACAAGUACGCCCAAUGCUAGGAACAAGAGAGGAUAUGGAGGCAUUGUGGGAAAAUCUGGAUAUCAUUGAUUGUUUUGCUACAGACCAUGCACCUCAUUCAGUCGAGGAGAAGAACUCAGAGAAGCCACCCCCAGGUUACCCAGGCCUGGAAACCAUGUUGCCUCUCUUGCUCAACGCAGUCAAUGAAGGACGUCUCACCAUUGAUGACAUCAUCAGGAGGCUUUAUGAGAACCCUAGAAAAAUAUUCGCUCUUCCUGCUCAAGAGGACACUUACGUGGAGGUGGAUUUGGAUCAAGAGUGGACAAUUCCUAAGCACAUGCAAUUUACAAAGUCUAAGUGGACUCCAUUUGAAGGCAUGAAUGUGAAGGGCAAAGUCAUGAUGGUGGUGCUCAGAGGAGAGGUGGCCUAUAGUGAUGGAAAGGUGUUGGUACCUCCAGGUUAUGGUCAGGAUGUCAAGUUGUGGUCAGCAGUCUCUGCUGUAGCACCUGAACCAAUAAAGAAUGCAUCUGAGCAUAACAAUUCACAGGAAGACAGCUCAGACCUCCCAGAACAGGAAGACAACACAGACCAAUCAAAGCCAGAGAAAAAGCACCCUGUGGAGGAAGUGCCCCACAUCUCAGUCCGCAGAAGGGCUAAUGCACAUCUUCCAGAGGUGGUCGACCUAAAGAAUGCAGCAUGCUGCAUAGCAAAAGGCUGUUCUGGGAAAACUCGAGUCCGAUGUACAACAUGCAAGGUGUUCUUGUGCUUGCAAGCUGCACGCAACUGUUAUACAGUCUUUCACACCAGUUAAGUGCGAUAAACUGUUCCCACAGACAAAAUUAACAUUCUUAAUAGUAGUUUUGGAGUGUUACAAACACUGAAAAACAAAACAUAAGCAAACUGUCAAGGUUUUUUGGAUACGAUAGCUUGUUUUUUCUUAAUUUAGUUUUUCCAUUUUCAUGUACAGAAGUUGAAACUGUUACAUAUAUGCAACAGUAACAAUGAAAAAUGUUCAGGUACAGUGCUCAGGCUUUAAAUAAAAGAGAUUUGCACUUU